AAAGACAUGAUAUUUUGGUUAUUUAUAGCAGAGUAUGGUAUAAUUUUAAUGGUCCGGCCCACUUGACAUCUCCCUAGGCCGUAUGUGGCCCACGAUGCGAAAUGAGUUUGACACCCCUGGUCUAGACUAUUGACAUGGAGAAGGGGUGAGGGGGAAGGGUCUAGACUAUUGACAUGGAGAGGGGGUGAGGAGUCUCUAGACUAUUGACAUGGAGAGGGGGUGAGGAAGAGGUGUCUCUAGACUAUUGACAUGGUGAGGAGGAAGAGUCUCUAGACUAUUGACAUGGAGAGGGGGUGUGGAGGAAGGGUCUAGACUAUUGACAUGGAGAGGGGUGCGGAGGAAGGGUCUCUAGACUAUUGACAUGGAGAGGGGGUGAGGAAGAGGUGUCUCUAGACUAUUGACAUGGAGAGGGGGUGAGGAGGUGUCUCUAGACUAUUGACAUGGAGAGGGGGUGAGGAGGAAGGGUCUAGACUAUUGACAUGGAGAGGGGGUGAGGAGGAAGGGUCUAGACUAUUGACAUGGAGAGGGGGUGAGGAAGAGGCGUCUCUAGACUAUUGACAUGGAGAGGGGGUGACGAGGAGGUGUCUAGACUAUUGACAUGGAGAGAGGGUGAGGAAAAAGAGUCUCUAGACUAUUGACAUGGAGAGGGGGUGAGGAGGUGUCUCUAGACUAUUGACAUGGAGAGGGGGUGAGGAGGUGUCUCUAGACUAUUGACAUGGAGAGGGGGUGAGGAAGAGGCGUCACUAGACUAUUGACAUGGAGAGGAGGAAGCAUCUCUAGACUAUUGAGAGGGGGUGAGGAAGAGGCGUCUCUAGACUAUUGAGAUGGAGAGGGGGUGAGGAGGUGUCUCUAGACUAUUGACAUGGAGAGGGGGUGAGGAAGAGGUGUCUCUAGACUAUUGAGAUACAGUCCCUAGUCGGUGCAAGGGGGGCAGGGUGACAUAAAUAAACACACAGAAAUGGACCAAACUGGUUUGGGAUGAAGGUGACCUUAGAACAAGGUUGUGUGUCUUGAGAGUGAAACCAGGGCUCAUCCAAGGCGUGGCCUUCCUUCACCCCUGACAGGAUGGGAUGGAAACCCUGUAUGUGUUCUCAGGUCUGUCCGUUGGCCGUAGUUAGUCGUUGACUACUGGCAGUGCAAGUGUGCGUGUGCGUGUGCGUGUGCGCGUGCGUGUGUGUUGUUGCAGAAACUAACCUGUUUUGAUCCUGUCAGUUGACAUCACUGCUUUUGUUCGUGGCUUAGUUUGCCUUUUAAUCAAGAGAAUGAGGAAGGAAGGAAGCUAUUUUUAUUUGAUUUUGUCCGUAAAUAAAUGUAGCCCAGUCCUUUAAAAAUAAAAAUAAAUCCCCCAAAUAAAAAAAACAUGUACUGAAAACCACAAAGUCCAACUUGAUGUAGUUUGUAGUUUUGGAGCCACACCAUUCAUGACUCCUGAGAGAAAUAAAGUGUCGAUGUUGAGUUGGAACGGAACCUGGCAGCUACUUCAACACCAGGAAGUGAGGAGCACAGAGCCUGUUCAAGAGGUCCUUCCAGAACGUCCAGACCCUGGGUCACACCCCCAUCUCUACAGACCCUGGGUCACACCCCCAUCUCUACAGACCCUGGGUCACAUCACUGAGAAUACACCCCCAUCUCUACAGACCCUGGGUCACAUCACUGAGAAUACACCCCCAUCUCUACAGACCCUGGGUCACAUCACUGAGAAUACACCCCCAUCUCUACAGACCCUGGGUCACAUCACUGAGAAUACACCCCCAUCUCUACAGACCCUGGGUCACAUCACUGAGAAUACACCCCCAUCUCUACAGACCCUGGGUCACAUCACUGAGAAUACACCCCCAUCUCUACAGACCCUGGGUCACCUCCAUCUCUACAGACCCUGGGUCACACCCCCAUCUCUACAGACCCUGGGUCACACCUCCAUCUCUACAGACCCUGGGUCACACCCCCAUCUCUACAGACUCUGGGUCACCCCCAUCUCUACAGACUCUGGGUCACCCCCAUCUCUACAGACCCUGGGUCACCUCCAUCUCUACAGACCCUGGGUCACCUCCAUCUCUACAGACCCUGGGUCACACCUCCAUCUCUACAGACCCUGGGUCACAUCACUGAGAAUACACCCCCAUCUCUACAGACCCUGGGUCACCUCCAUCUCUACAGACCCUGGGUCACACCCCCAUCUCUACAGACCCUGGGUCACACCUCCAUCUCUACAGACCCUGGGUCACACCCCCAUCUCUACAGACUCUGGGUCACCCCCAUCUCUACAGACUCUGGGUCACCCCCAUCUCUACAGACCCUGGGUCACCUCCAUCUCUACAGACCCUGGGUCACCUCCAUCUCUACAGACCCUGGGUCACACCUCCAUCUCUACAGACCCUGGGUCACACCUCCAUCUCUACAGACCCUGGGUCACACCUCCAUCUCUACAGACCCUGGGUCACACCUCCAUCUCUACAGACCCUGGGUCUCCUCCAUCUCUACAGACCCUAGGUCUCCUCCAUCUCUACAGACCCUGGGUCACAUCACUGAGAAUACACCCCCAUCUCUACAGACCCUGGGUCACCUCCAUCUCUACAGACCCUGGGUCACCUCCAUCUCUACAGACCCUGGGUCACACCCCCAUCUCUACAGACCCUGGGUCACACCUCCAUCUCUACAGACCCUGGGUCACACCCCCAUCUCUACAGACCCUGGGUCUCCUCCAUCUCUACAGACCCUAGGUCUCCUCCAUCUCUACAGACCCUGGGUCACUCCUCCAUCUCUACAGACCCUGGGUCACACCUCCAUCUCUACAGACCCUGGGUCACCUCCAUCUCUACAGACCCUGGGUCACACCUCCAUCUCUAUAGACCCUGGGUCUCCUCCAUCUCUACAGACCCUGGGUCACUCCUCCAUCUCUACAGACCCUGGGUCACUCCUCCAUCUCUACAGACCCUGGGUCACUCCUCCAUCUCUACAGACCCUGGGUCACUCCUCCAUCUCUACAGACCCUGGGUCACACCUCCAUCUCUACAGACCCUGGGUCACACCUCCAUCUCUACAGACCCUGGGUCACACCUCCAUCUCUACAGACCCUGGGUCACACCUCCAUCUCUACAGACCCUGGGUCACACCUCCAUCU